AUGAAAUUCUACGUACAUAUUGUUUACUUUCAUAACGAAUUCAUUUCAAUGAAAACCAAAGAACUGAAUACUUUUAUUUAUUAUUGUUUUUCUUAAAUAUCAUCCUUUCUAAUGCAGAAAUUGUGGUGUUAUUUUUCGAGACAGUGAUUGGGUACACUAAUAGGGAACACAUUUCAGUUUGGUUUUUACUACUUAAAUUAAUGGUUUUUAUUCUUUAAUACUUCACAAAUAUUAUUUUCACUUAAUAGGACAUGGAAGUAAAAGUUUUUGUAUAAAUGUUUUUAGAUAAUUUCAACUAAUGGAACACUGUAGUAUAAUUGAGUGUAUUGUAUAGUUAAUUCGUUUUAGGUUGGGAAUUCAUCAGAAUUGGGAAAUUGUGACUUUUGUAUACAGGAGUAGAAUCCAAGGCCUCAGAAUUUAGCAAGCAACACAUUGUGACUCGGUCAGUAAUUUAAGAUCCGACAAAUAAUAUUCUAAGAUUUUGAUACAUUUGUCCAUCUAUAACAAUUGUCUCUCAUGGUUGAAGUCAUUAUUUUGACUUAUUAAUGUAAGCUCUCUAAGUUCAUUACAAACUUACAUUAGGUUGUUAUUACCAUAUUUCGCUGAACUAUCCGUGAUGAUAUUUACAAUUCUUUCCUAGUUCCAAUGUGAAUAUCAACACUGAGCUGCAAGCUUAUUCAUCCGACCAGUCCCAAGCAGGACGGAAUGCUUGUAUUAGUCUCCAAACCUAGCCACAAUCUAUUUAUUUUAAAAUUUCGCUAGGUCAUUCUCAUGAUAAACUAUCAUAUUUUAGGAUGAUCUGUUAAGUGUUGAUCUUACAACUCAUCCUACUUUAUUAUUAUUCUUUACUUCUGUUGUCUGUAAGCCAGCUAGUUAUCACGUGAUUUAUUCGGCAAUCGAAAUACGACUUAUUCAAUUUUAUUACUGUGCUAAAUCAAUGACGUUCGACCGGUUCGAGCAGCCUAAUGUCCUUAUUGAUCUUUUUUUCGUCUAAUCUGUCUGGUUGAAUCCAGAACGCCAAUAACAGCUUCCACUAUUCUAGUCAUUCAUUUCAAUCAUAUUUGAUUCAUAUACCAGUCAAACAGACCACAUCACACCAUAAAAUAGGAAAUAACAUUUUUACAAAACCAAGCCAAAAAGUGCCUGUGAACAUGAGAGACUGUAAUCAAUAAACUGAACAGCACUUAAGAACAGCAAAUCGCAUAAAGCUUAUAAUAAGAGGAAUAUAGAUAUACACAAUCUAGCUACUGAAAAGUCAUACAUUAAGUAUAUAUAUAAUAUUAGUCCAUUUAUAGGUCCCAGAAGUUACCCGUAAUUUAAUUUUCACCAGGAUAUAACAACUUCAACAAGUCAUUUUUCACUAUUCAGCUAGUUAUGUAUUUAUUCGUUGAAAAAACUCAUUUUAGUCUAGUUAUCUGUCAAAUUACUUACAGCCCGCUGGUAAUGCUCUGGCGCCGACCGAAUUCAAUAAUCGAAUCUUACUUCAACGUUAUUGGGCUUCAUAUAAAAUGUUAUUUAAAUGCCAACCUAUCAGUUAUAUUCGAUAUUAUUUCGGUGAAGCUGUGGCUUUUUAUUUUGCUUGGCUUGGUUUCUACACAGCUUGGCUUUUACCAAUUGCAAUAUUGGGAAUUAUUGUUUUUCUAUUCGGUUUAAUGGAUUUAAAAUCCGACUCGAUUAUCCAUGAAGUAUGUGAUCUCGGUCACAACAUAUAUAUGUGUCCAUUAUGUAAAUCAUCUAAAUGCAAAUUUUGGACUCUGGAAAGAUCUUGUUUACGUACCAAGUUAAUGCGAUUAGUGGAUCAUGAAGGGACUGUUUUAUUUGCUGUGGUUAUGUCUUUGUGGGCUGUAAUAUUUUUCGAAAUGUGGAAACGUAGGCAAGUCUCAUUGGCUUAUCGUUGGAAUGUAUACUCACUGGAACCAAUGGAUCAACCGCCGAGACCAGAAUUUAUGGCAUUACUUAGUAAAAUGUGUCCUCGUAAAGUGAAUCGUUUAACUGGAUAUGUAGAACCAUUUAUUCCAUUUUGGCGACGUAGAGUACCAAUUAUCUUUCUCAGUUUCUCUACUGUUUUGUUAACUGUGAUGCUCACAUUAGCUUUUCUUGUCGGUGUGGUUUUGUACAAAUUAGUGAUCAAAGCAAUUUUGUAUCGUCAUCAAAAUCCAAUGGUACAAAGUACCUCUGGUAUGAUUGCUACUGUGACUGGAUCUUUAGUUAAUUUAGUGACAAUAUUCUUUUUAAAACUAAUUUAUGAUCGUAUGGCCAUUAAAUUGACUGAUGUUGAGCAUCAUCGUACACAAGUGGAAUAUGAUAAUAGUUUAACGCUAAAAUUAUACCUAUUACAAUUUGUCAAUUAUUAUUCGUCAAUAUUUUAUAUUGCAUUUAUACAAGGUACGACUUCAGCUGUUCCUGGUAGUGAUCAUAUAUUAAUUCAGUCAACUGGUUGUGACCAAGGUGACUGUCUAUUCGAAUUAUUCAUACAACUAGUUAUAAUUAUGGUUGGUAAACAGAUAUUUAGUUUCAUUCAAGAAUCUUUAAUGCCUAUUCUAUGGAAAUUAUUUUUUAAAUUUCGUUCAAUGAGAAGUUCAUCUAAUCAUACUAAUCAUAAUGAUAAGAACAGUAUAAAUUUUAAUGAACAAAAUUCAGUGACUACUUCUCUUUUACCAGCAAAAUAUCGUUCGUUGCGUGGACGAAAUAUUCUAUGUCGUGCUGAUUUUAAUAUGUUAGAUCCUGGAUCUAGACCAUUAUUUAAUGAAUACUUAGAAAUGAUGAUUCAAUAUGGAUUUAUCACUAUGUUUGUCCCUGCGUUUCCACUUGCACCAUUAUUUGGUUUAUUAAACAAUCUGUUUGAGAUUCGUGGUGAUGCUAAAAAAUUGGUGAAUCAAUAUCGUCGUCCAGUUCUUGAAAGAGUUCAAACAAUUGGUAUAUGGUUGUCGAUCAUUACUGUUCUCGCAAGCAUUGCUAUUCGAACUAAUGCUUGUAUUAUUGCAUUUACUACACAGUUUAUUGACCGAUGUGUAUACCGUUAUACUUAUAGUCCAGAUGGUACUAUGAAAGGUUUUGUGAAUUUCACUCUCUCCUAUAUGUCUACAACUCGUUUUGAUGUUCCAACUAAUGAAACUUAUUGCAGAUAUGAUUCUUAUCGUUCACCACCUUGGUCUUCAGAACCAUAUGUAUUCACUUCUGUUUAUUAUCAUGUGUUGGCAGCUAAAUUCAUAUUUGUUUUUGCUUUUGAAACUAUAGCGACUAUUCUAACUAAUGUGAUCAUGGCAGCUGUACCGGACGUCCCUAAACGUGUUAGAAAGCAAAUAGUUCAUGAAACCAAUAUUACAAAUGCAAUUAUUUUAAAUGCAGAAGUUGGCAAUCAACAAUAUAAUAAUGCGAUUACAAAAGAUGUAAACUUUCAGAAAAUUUUCAUGUUAAAACAACAACAUCAGAAGCUUCGAUCUAGUAAUUGUAAUAUUAAUAAUGAAGUGAUUGAAAACAACGAUCAAGAAAGAAAUACUGAUAGAAAUGAAAUUUGUUCUCAAUCGAUUGUUUAUAAAUAUGUGAGUUUUGAAAGGCUACCACCUGUUACACUGUCAUCACAAUCAACGCAUCUUACUGUGCCUAAUUUACAUGAUAACCGACCAUCUAUUGGAUUCGAAAAUUUAAGCAAUCCUAAUAAUAAUAAUAUGAUUUAAAGCCCAAACUUAUAUAAUGUUUUCUUUUCAAUGUUUAUCCUAUUUUUUUUGGGUUCAAUAUUGUCAUUCUUUCAUUUAAUUUAUAUAAAUAGUUAGUUUAAUUUCUUUGUUCUACUUCACACUCAUUUAUUUUGUUUAUCUUGCCUAUUACAUAUUGUUGUUGUUGUUGUUACUAUUACGUAAUUUGUUUCGUUUUGUAUUCUCUUUCUAUUGAGUUAUUUGUACAUUGAUUUUUUUUCUUCUUGGUCAAUUGAUUUGUUAUUUGUACCGAACGAGGAACAAUCAUUAUUGAAUCAUGGCAACGACAUUUUUUCAUUUCAUAGAAUAAAAUGUUCAUUAGAAAUAUACAAUUAUUAUUUAAACAGUUAAUAUUCUAACAGAUUUAACUAUUUUAUUGAAUCACUUACACACACACACAAUCAGUCAAUUGAACAAGAUAUAUAUACAUGUAUAUUCAACGCCAAUGUUUUAUCAAUGAAAACACAGGGAAUAUUCAAUGGUAUAACGUGUUGUUGUUGUUGUUGUUGUCGUUGUUUGUUUCUCCAAAUUAAGUAGAUAGAAUUGAUUUUUGUUUUUUUUUCUCUGUUUUCUUUUUCUCUUUUUUCUUUCUUCUGGUUUUUGAUAUAGAUAGAUAGAUUUGUAUUUUAUUCACUUAUAUACUUCUUUUUUUCUAGAAAUCACCUUUUUGUCUAAUUUUUAUAUCUCUGUUUUGUGCUUAUCUGUUUAGUAAUGUGAUGAUUGUCUUUUUUGUUCUUUGUUCUUCACACAAUAAUUUUUUUAGUGAUUUCUCAUAUUUGUACUUAAUAACAUAAUAAUCAUGUUUACAAUCAUUAAACUUUUUGCAUCAAAUGAGAUAUGGAAAGAAUUAUAUAUUUAUUCGACU